UACGGCGGUUUAGGGUCUCCGAGGCCGGCAGGGGGUCGCCAUGGUGACGCGUGUCGCGCCGCUGACGUCACAUCGCGGCGCAGAGUGAUGACCAUUAGUGUUUAUGUCCUGCUGAAGCCGCGGAGGUGACGGGGCUUGUGUCGCGGCCAUGGCAAUGUUCCGCAGCCUGGUGUCCUCGUCCUCCCAGCACCGGCAGCAGCAUCAUACCCACCAGAGCCAGUCCUGCCCGUCGUCCGCGGACAGCCUGGAGACGCAGUAUGGCUGCCCCAUCUGCCUGGAGGUGUAUUACAAACCUGUGGCCAUCGGGAGCUGCGGUCACACGUUUUGUGGCGAGUGCCUGCAGCCAUGUCUUCAGGUCCCAUCCCCGCUAUGCCCACUUUGUCGUAUGCCAUUUGACCCAAAGAAGGUGGAGAAGGCCUCCAAUGUAGACAAACAGCUCUCCUCAUAUAAGGCUCCCUGCAGAGGCUGCAGCAAGAAAGUGACUCUUGCAAAGAUGCGAUCCCACAUUUCUUCAUGUGCCAAAGUCCAAGAACAGAUGGCCAACUGUCCAAAGUUUGUUCCUGUAGUCCCAACAUCUCAGCCUAUUCCCAGUAAUAUUCCAAACCGUUCCACCUUUGUGUGUCCAUAUUGUGGAGCCCGAAACCUGGACCAGCAAGAACUUGUGAAACACUGCAUGGAGAACCACAGAAGUGACGCCAACAAAGUGGUUUGCCCUAUUUGUUCAGCAAUGCCCUGGGGGGAUCCCAGCUAUAAGAGUGCCAAUUUUCUUCAGCACCUCCUUCACCGGCAUAAAUUCUCUUAUGACACAUUUGUGGAUUAUAGUAUCGAUGAAGAAGCAGCGUUACAAGCCGCACUCGCUCUGUCGCUGUCAGAGAACUGAAGAUUUCGGUUAGACGCAAGGUUUCCCUUCUCGGUGUUGUCACCCACGACCGAGGCUUGUACAUUCCUUCCAAAACUAGCUAAUCACGUUUCCUUUUCCCCAUGCCUUUUCUCUAGUAGUGUUUUUAUUAGUAAGGUGGAAUCUUUUAGGAAUUGCUAAACUGUUAGGCCGGAUUUGUGUCUCGGUGCAAUCGGACGGGAAAGCGGCGCACGCGGUGCCAACCGGCACAGCUCAUCCAGUUUGGUUUUUUUAAUACUAUUCUUUUGUGAUGCUUUCUACGUGUAAAAAGAAAGUAUUUACAAUGAAUAUUUAAUACACGGGAGAUGAGAGCAAAGGGGGGGGAGGGAAAGUCCUCAACAAAUGACAAAUGAGCAGAAAAGCAGAUUGGACGGGUGUUAGGCCUCAGCAGCCGACUGCCAAGGUUUCUCAAGUCAGAAGGAACCUCCUUUGUGUCGACCAAUGUUCCUUAGGACAUUGCGCAGCCUGGCGUUAAUCCCAGGAGAGGGCAUAGUAGGCAGAAGCCAAGGUUUAGAGAUCGCACUAUACUGGUACAUAAAGGGAAGGUUACAAACUUAACACAGAAAUAAAUAUAAAGACGUGGAGAAAGGAUUAGUUUCAGGAGGAGCCGUCUGUUUGAGUCAAUACUGGAGCCCCUUUUCUUAGAGCCCUAUGUUGGACAGUUCAUCUGUUAUUCCUCCCGGAAAUGUAUGAAUGAAUUGACAACUUGGGAUUCCCUUUGUCAGUGGGUCAACAAGUGCAGAUCGUACCAGUACAACCAGCACUUAGUAUUUUCUAUACCCUAAUCACUACUUUCGAUGGGUCCAAUGGGAGCAGUAAUAGAAAUGUAACCCCAUCAACCAGUAGAAACGGUCACAGGAUUUU